ACUAUCAGGUUGGAAACUUCAUUAAAUAUUUACUUGAAACUUGGGCUCUUCAUUGCUCAGGUGUGGUCACGUGGCUCAGAGGAGCGAAGCAGAGAGGUCGGAUUUGAGAAGCCUCCGAGGGGCUCAUGCAGUCAGUGGCCUCUCUCCCAGGCCAUAGCCCUGUGGACUAGGACUUGGCUGGGGAAGGGUGUUAGGGUCAGACGGAAGGCAAGAAGAAAGGAGCAAGCAAGUGAAGGUACCAUAGCUCGAGAUCAUUGUGGGUGGGGAGGGAAGAAGUGUUUCAGAUUCGAGGAAGGGAGGAGAAGAAAACACUUUACACUUCUGGUUUUUACUUGGGGAACAACAGGUCAGCAGGAGCAUAGCAGGAUGAAUGAAUCACGCCUUUCUGUCUACCCAUGGGUGGGAGGAUAUAAGCUCUGCUUCGGAACACACAAUGACCUCUCUAGGCCUCACACCAAGAAUACCUGUCAUCAGGGAUUAAGCAGGAAUAAGAUGGGCUUUAUGAACAUCAAUGGGACUGGCUACUAGGGAAAGGUUGGGGUGGGAGUGGGAUAUUGAUGGACCCAAUGGAGCCUGGGGAAUCUAUGUGACUCUUGAGAGUGGUAGAAGUCACAGCUCUAUAGGGCUUCUCUAUAGAAGUCAAGGCUGGGCUGAGCUGGAACAUGGCUACAGAGGGGUAGAUAGGACAGUGCUUGAUGCUUGGGGUAGGUGAGUAACACACUCAGGUGACAUCCUGGUCUUUGUGUUCCACCAUCUUGAGGAAGUGGGAAUGGACAGAAGAAGCAACAGUGUCUCCCAGUUCCCAAUGUCUGCUUCCAUCUAUCUUUUUUCUCUCUGCCCCACAUCCAUGCCUCCAACCUCUACCGAGCCUGCAGGCAGAGUCAUUAUGUGGAUGCUUGCAGCCCUCCUGCUUCUGGUUCCAAGAAGUGGAAAAGCUGCUACUCUGGAGAAGCCUGUACUGACUCUACACCCACCUUGGACCACCAUCUUCAAGGGAGAGCGAGUAACCCUGAGAUGUGAUGGAUACCACCCUCUGCUGCUGGAGCUCCGGCCCAUUAGCACUCUCUGGUACCUGGGCCAUGUCCUCCUGCCUUCCCACAAGAAGAGCAUCGAGGUGCAGGCACCAGGGGUGUAUCGAUGUCAGACACGAGGAGCACCCGUCAGUGAUCCUAUCCACCUCUCUGUGUCUAACGACUGGCUAAUUCUGCAAGUGCCGUAUGCUGCGGUGUUCGAGGGAGAGCCCUUGGUGAUGCGCUGCCGUGGCUGGUACGACAAAGUCGUCUACAAACUUCACUACUACCACGACGGCCAGGCUGUGAGAUAUUUCCACUCUAGCACCAACUACACGGUGCUGCAAGCGCGAGCCAGCGACAGCGGUCACUACCAGUGCUCUGGCACCAUGCGUAUCCCAGUGGAGAGUGCGCCCAUGUUCUCCUCCAAGGUGGCCGUGACCGUGCAAGAGCUGUUCCAGACACCGGUGCUGAGGACGUUAAGCCCGCAGGAGGCGCGCGGCCGCGUGGUGCUGCGCUGCGAGACGCGCCUGCACCCGCAGAAGCGGGACACGCCGCUGCAGUUCGCCUUCUACAAGUACAGCCGGCCGGUGCGCCGCUUCGACUGGGGCGCCGAGUACACUGUCCCCGAGUCCGAGGUCGAGGAGCUCGAAUCGUACUGGUGUGAGGCCGCCACCACCAGCCGGAGUGUACGGAAACGCAGCCCGUGGCUGCAGCUCCCUGGGCGGGGUGAGUGGCAGCUCAGCAUCACGCCUGCCUCCUGCAUCCCGUGGGUCAUCCCGCAGUCUUCCUACCUUCCCAUCUCCGCCCUCCAGCCCCUGAUAGCUCCGGCCCCGCGUGGAGCAGUCACGGGUGACCAGGCGUGUUGCGUUGCAGGCCCUGUCCUGGAUCUGGCGUCCACCACCGCGCCAGUCGCACAGGCUGCAGCCUUGGGGCCGGGGGACAAGCCGCUUUCCUUCCGGAAGACCCCAGUGUCCAGAUCCGUUCAGUCAGUCACUUCCAUCCCGAACAGCACCUUUGCAGGGCUGCAGUUCCCCGCGGGCCAUGUUGCCACCGCCGGGCCACACGCCUGCGCGCCCCUGCCAGCGUCCGCGGAGCAGUCGCGCGAAGCUCUUCAGCCCAAGGUGGACCUCCUGCUUCGCGAGAUGCAGCUGCUCAAAGGCCUUCUGAGCCGCGUGGUCCUGGGAUUAAAGGACCCACAGGCCCUCCAUGAGCUUACAGAGACCCCCGAGACACCCAAUUCUCACGUUACUGUGAACCCCGCAACCCCAGAGACCACUGUCAUGGAGGGCCGAGUGGACAGCUAGGCUAGUGUCUUCUCUCCGGGAUCUCUAUCUAGCUUGUGUGCAAAUUGGAGCCAUGGCUGUUAGUGUCCCCUCCUGUUGCUGUGGUUUUGGUUGUUGGUUUUUAAAGUCCCGUGGUGCUGUGGAUUUCCACUUUACUAGAUAGCUUGUAGGCGAGUUUGACCUUGCAAAAUGGUUUAUAAAUGCGAGCAUCCUCUGUGGUAUGUUCCUUCUAUAAUCCAGAAGUAGACAGCUGUUGUUUACUAGUCCAGUGUGGGUGACUUUUUUUUUUUUUUUUGUAAUUGAAUCCAUUAAGGUUAAUGAGCACUUUAAAACAAUUUAGGGUCAGGUUGUAAUUAUUCACAAUAAAUUUACUCUUUUUUUUUGUUUUGUUGGGGGGGGUUCGAGACAGGUUUCUCUGUAUAGCCCUGCCUGACUGUCCUGGAACUCAUUGUAGACCAGGCUGGCCUCGAACUAAGAAAUCCACCUGCCUCUGCCUCCCAAGUGCUGGGAUUAAAGGCGUGUGCCACCACGCCCGGCUUAUGAAUUUACUCUUAUAUUAAAACAACUUUCAAAAUCCUA